UUGGGAAAGCUCCCCAGCGUCAUAUCCCACGAUCCACACAGGCUCUCAAAAUAAGCUCUUCUCCGCAACUGUCGACUCCUUAGCUGCAUACUCUUCCGUCUCACCGUGCCGCUUCCUGCACUUCGACUCAACUCCAUCUCCAUUCGAUACACCUUGCGCGUCAACAUUCACCAUUUGCAAUUACAUAUUGCUAGCUGAGCAUACAGUACGCCACCGCGAUCACAUUCCAACGCCACACGAGAUGGAGGCGUUACUCUCUCACGCCUUUGACAACAUCGCGUCAAAGGACACGCAGAAGAUACGCAAGGGGCUCCGUCAGAUCGAGGGCAUGCUCGCGCAGAUAUGUCUCUCGAGCGGCAAGUCGAAACCAUCAACACCAGGUCAUCGUCGGAACGCAUCUGCCAUCAACCUAGGCGAGCAACAGCAGUCAACACCGAAGAAGCUGGGACAACUAGGCGAGGAUCCAGCUUUCAGGGAGUUCUUCAGGUUGCAGGAGGGCUUCGAGUGGAAUGUCUCCACGCGCGUAGCCGACUGUCUCGAUCGAUUGCUUGGUAUGGGGAGCAGUAAGGACGGCCAGAAUGACAUUCUUAUCCUCUCAUCGCUAUCGAACCUACAAGGCCUGCUUCUACUGCACCCGCCAUCGCGCAUCAUAUUUGGCCGCGAAGUCUACAUGAACGUCCUCCUCGAUCUCCUCGAUCCCUACAAUUGCCCGGCCAUCCAGUCGCAAGCUCUUCUGGUCCUCGUCACUGCACUUCUCGCGACACCACAGAACACACGCACAUUCGAGCAUAUGGACGGCCUGCUCACAGUAACGAGCUUGUUCAAGGACGAAGAGACAACACAGAGCGUGAAAGUCAAGCUACUAGAAUUCCUGUACUUCUACCUCAUGCCAGAAUCACCAGUUGUAGGUCACCGGAGUCCAAGCAAGUUGGCAAAUGCCUUCGAGCGGCGGAACAGCACUGCCAACGGCGAGGAUGGUGGAGGUGCGAACAAGAAGAACACUCGCACGCAAGAAGAAAAGCAGUAUAUGCUAGGAAAAUACCUAAACAACGUCGACGCCCUGGUCGAGGAUCUACAAGAAAGCGCCCCGUUCACGAGCGUUGCGUGUUGAGAUCGGAUCAAACAGGCUCCAGGGCAACCAAAAAACAACACCCACUGGUUUGGUGACCUACCUUCCUCAUUUCAUAUGUUCACUGUAUAUUUUCAUUUUGUUCAUUGCGCUGAUUGUGCUAGCUUUCAACUUUCUUUGGUUCUACAGCGAGGCGUUGGGGUCACAGCAUCCUCCCAUUAGCGGGUAAUCACACUGUUUCGAGCGUGCAUAGCUGGCGUUGGUCUUCCAGGUUUUCCCUUGCGGCGUUUGUUACCUGGCAAUGCUAGCUGGAUGGCGCAUUCAUUGCAGUUUGAUUUUUACUUUGUAUCAUUGCGGGUGGCUUGAUGGUGAAGCGCCGAGUGUUUGCUUAUCUGGAUAAGCCAAUGUACUAAUGCUCAGGAUAGGUCCAGGAACCUUAGCAUAAUCUAUUAUUUCCAGCA